CCAAUGAUGUUCACAUGCCAGAUUUUAGAACAACAUAUUAGAAUGGCUCUCCCAAGUUUGAAGUCUGAGCUGAACUCAGAAAUGAAUGCUAUUGUUAAAGAACUUCAGACAUACGGAAAUGUUGUAGAGGCUAAUGUGGAAAAAGGAGUAGUUUUGUUGAACAUUUUGUCAAAAUAUUGUGAAGAUUUUUAUGCUAUGGUGGAUGGAAGUAGUCAGGAAAUAUCAACUAAAGAAUUGUCAGGUGGAGCCAGGAUCCAUUAUAUAUUUCAGUCAAUUUUUGUAAAGAGCUUGGAGGAAGUCGAUCCUUGUGAGGGUCUAAAUGAUGAUGAUAUUCGGAUAGCUAUUCAAAAUGCUGCUGGUGCUAGAAAUGCAUUAAUCGUUCCAGAGGUCCCAUUUAGAGUUUUGUGAACAAAGAUACUUGGAGGCUACAAAGCCAUAACAGUUCCAUCAGAGGACGAUAAAAAAAGCCAAAGAUCUCUUUAUGCACAAUUAGAAGCAGUUGCUGACAUGAAAUUCACAUAUAUUGCUACCUGUCAAAACUAUGGCAACCAGAAGCGAAGUGGAGAUCGUCGUUCAAUAGACAUCCUGA